UCGCGGGGCGGGGCCCGCGCCGGCGGCCGCCUCCUUCCCUCAGCCGCGGUCCUUCGGCGCGCAUCCCGGGGCGCCGGGAUGGCCCAGAGUGCGGAGCCCGGCGCGGGCGCACCGGAGGGCGGGCCUGAGGACGAGGUGCUGGCCUGCGGCGGCGCCCUCGAGUCGUUCGGCGAGAGCCUGGAGGCGCGCGCGCUGCUCGGCCGCCUGCGGGCGGUGCUGGGCGACCGCGCGGCCCGGGAGGGCGUCCUGGAGCGGUUCCGAGUAAUAAUGGACAAAUACCAGGAGCAGCCUCACCUGUUGGACCCACACCUUGAAUGGAUGAUGAACUUAUUGCUGGAUGUAGUUCAGGAUGAGACAUCUCCAGUGGACCUUGUACAUCUGGCUUUUAAAUUUCUUUACAUCAUCACCAAGGUUCGAGGAUAUAAAACAUUCCUUCGUUUAUUUCCUCAUGAAGUAGCUGACGUACAGCCUGUUUUAGAUAUGUUUACAAAUCAGAAUCCUAAAGACCAUGAAACUUGGGAGACCCGCUACAUGCUUCUACUGUGGCUCUCUGUGACCUGCCUGAUCCCUUUUGAUUUCUCACGCCUUGACGGGAACCUCCUUACUGAACCUGGGCAAAGUCGAAUGUCCAUAAUGGACCGUAUUCUCCAAAUAGCAGAGUGCUACCUGGCUGUCAGCGACAAGGCACGAGACGCAGCUGCUGUCCUCGUGUCCAGGUUUGUCACACGGCCCGAUGUUCAGCAGAAGAAAAUGGCGGGUUUUCUGGACAAGAGCCUGUGUACCUUGUCCCGCUCUUCCUUCCAGACCAUCGAAGGGGUCAUUGCCAUGGACGGGACGCUACAGGCCCUGGCACAGAUAUUUAAGCAUGGAAAGCGUGAAGACUGUUUACCGUACGCUGCCACCGUUCUCCAGUGCCUGGAUGGCUGCAGGAUUCCCGACAGCAACCAGACUGUGCUCCGGAAGCUCGGCGUGAAGCUGGUGCAGCGGCUGGGUCUGACCUUCCUGAAACCCAGGGUGGCGAGGUGGAGGUACCAGCGCGGCUGCCGCUCCCUGGCUGCCAACCUGCAGCUGUGUGCCCAGGGUCGGCGCGAGCUGAAGGCGCCCGUGGAGACUGCUGACAGUGAUGAGGACUGCGAUGUCCCUGAGGAGGUGGAGAGUGUGAUAGAGCAGCUGCUGGUCGGGCUGAAGGACAAGGACACGAUUGUGCGGUGGUCUGCGGCCAAAGGGAUCGGCCGGAUGGCUGCAAGGCUGCCCAAGGAGCUGGCGGACGAUGUGGUAGGGUCUGUGCUGGAGUGUUUCAGUUUUCAGGAGACGGACGGUGCCUGGCAUGGGGCGUGUCUGGCGCUGGCAGAGCUGGGCAGAAGAGGCCUGUUGCUGCCUUCUCGACUUGCUGAUGUGGUUGCGGUGAUCCUGAAGGCGCUGACCUACGAGGAGAAGCGUGGCGCCUGCAGCGUUGGCACCAACGUCAGGGAUGCUGCGUGCUACGUGUGCUGGGCCUUUGCGCGUGCCUAUGAGCCGCAAGAGCUGAAGCCCUUUGUGACCGCUAUUUCGAGCACGCUGGUGAUUGCAGCGGUGUUUGACCGAAGCGUGAACUGCAGAAGAGCGGCCUCUGCUGCUUUCCAGGAGAAUGUGGGAAGACAGGGCUCUUUCCCUCAUGGAAUCGAGGUCCUGACCGCAGCGGACUAUUUUGCUGUUGGUAACAGAUCUAACUGUUUCCUGGUUAUAAGCACGUUUAUUGCUGGUUUUCCUGAGUACACGCAGCCAAUGAUAGACCACCUGGUGACCAUGAAGAUCAACCACUGGGAUGGGGUCAUCAGAGAGCUGUCGGCGAAGGCUCUGCAUAACCUGGCCCAGCGAGCACCCGAGUACAGCGCUGCUCACGUCUUCCCACGUCUACUGUCCAUGACACAGAGCCCAGACCUGCACACGCGGCAUGGGGCUGUACUUGCCUGCGCGGAGGUCACCCGCAGCCUCUGUGGACUCGCGAUGCAGGAGGGCAGGCCCACCACGGAUCUCCUGGGCGAGAGGACAGUGCAGGGCCUGAAGCAGAUCCACCAGCAGCUUUACGAUCGUCAGCUAUACAGGGGUCUGGGAGGGGAACUCAUGAGACAAGCAGUGUGCGUUUUAAUAGAGAACUUGUCCCUGUCCAAAAUGCCCUUGGCCGGUGACGCUGUUAUCGAUGGUUGGCUAUGGCUGAUAAAUGACACUCUGAGAAAUCUCCACCUUAUCUCAAGUCAUUCUAGACAAAAGACCAAGGACGCUGCGGUCUUGGCCCUGGCCGCUCUCUGUCGAGAGUACUUCAUGAAGGAGCCUGGGGAGGCGGAUCCUGCUGGGCAGGGGGACCUGGUCACGCAGUAUCUUGCUGCGCUUCGGAGCCCCGAGGAGGCGACGCGCUGUGGCUUCUCGCUGGCCUUGGGUGCCCUCCCAGCCCUCCUCCUGCGAGGCAGGCUCCAGCAGGUUCUAGCAGGCUUAGGAGCCGUUACCUGCGUUUCUCCAGAGGACGCGAGCUUUGCGGAGGCCCGGCGGGACGCCUUGAAGGCAAUUGCCAGCAUUUGCCAGACAGUUGGUGUGAGAGCAGAGGGAGCUGCGGAUGACGUCCUGUGCAAAGGGACCGUCUCCCAGGUUUACCACGUGCUGCGGGGCUGCCUGAACGACUACACCACGGACAGCCGCGGGGACGUGGGCGCAUGGGUCCGUGAGGCCGCCAUGACCAGUCUGAGGGACCUGACGCUUCUGCUCGCCAGGGACCAGCCAGAGCUGAUGGAGGCCCACAUCUGCGAGCAGGUCAUGUGCUGCCUGGCCCAGCAAGCAAGCGAGAAGAUUGAUCGGCUCCGCGCGCACGCUGCCUGUGUGUUCCUGGCGCUGCUGCACCCGGACGGCCCUCUUGUGCCCCAUGUGCCCCACCGAGCAGAGCUGGAGAGGCUCCUCCCCAGGUCCCACAUGGCCUCCGUGAACUGGAACGCACCAUCCCAGGCCUUCCCAUGCAUCACGCGGCUGCUGGGGCUGCCCACCUACCGCUACCACGUCCUGCUGGGUCUGGCCGUGUCCGUGGGCGGCCUGACGGAGUCCACGGUCAGGUACUCAACGCAGAGCCUCUUUGAGUACAUGAAGGGAAUUCAGCAUGACCCGCAGGCCCUGGGGAGCUUCGGUGAGACCCUUCUGCAGGUAUUUGAGGACAACCUGCUCAACGACAGGGUCUCUGUGCCACUGCUGAAGACGCUGGACCAGAUGCUGGCCCACGGCUGCUUCGACACCUUUGCCACGGUGGAGAACCACCCCUUCUGCAUGAGGCUGCUCAUGCUCUGCAAGGAGGAAAUCCAGAAGUCCAGGGACGUCCAGAAACUGCGGUCCGGCGUUGCUGUGUUUUGCGGGAUGGUACAAUUUCCCGGCGACGUGAGGGCAAAGACCCUCCUGCAGCUGCUGCUCUUGCUCUGCCACCCCUUCCCCGUGGUCCGGAAGGCCACCGCUAGCCAGGUGUAUGAGAUGGUGCUCACCUACAGUGACCUCGUGGGCGCAGAUGUCCUGGAUGAGGUCACGGCUGUGCUCGGCAACACGGCCUGGGACGCGGAGCUCCCGCUCGUGAGAGGCCAGCGGAACCGCCUGUGUGACCUCCUUGGUGUGCCCAGACCUCAGCUGGUCCCCAAGCCCAGCACCCGCUGACUGGUCCCUAGCCGAGUCCCGACACCCGCCCUGCAGGGAGGAGCUGGACGACACCACGAGGGACCUGGUGCCACACCUGGGCAAGAGGGCAGCACUUGAGGACUUGCAUCUCGUCGCCAUGGAGCUGGCCUUUCCUCACGUGUCCUGGGCUCUUGGUGCUGUGGCGCUUAAACACGAGUCUCUGCCUAUAAAGUCACGUCCUGAGCAUU